UCGUUGGUAUAAACCCUUCUCUAUUAAUUUCUUCUCCUGCUAACGGGUAGUUUUAACUCCGUUAGUUUUUUCCCGCUUCACACAAAGAAAGCAAUGUCCCGUGUGGUAGCAGCAGACGACAACAUGACGUUACCGUUCUUCUCGCCGGAGCUCAACGGUGUCUCAGGUGCGUCCUCUUCUCCAACGUUCGCACAGCUCUUGCAAAACGUCGACGACACGACACGUCGUGGUCAUGACCAGCACCACGUCGAUGUUGAUCUCGCCUCGCCGGACCAAUCCGUACCUUUCGUUCUCUCGUUCACCGAUCUCACUUACAGCGUCAAAGUUCGCCGUAAGUUCACGUGGAGACGCAGCAGCCCUUCUGAUCCCGGAGCUCCGUCGGGGGGUCUCUUCUCUUCCAAGACGAAGACGCUCCUCAACGGAAUCUCCGGUGAGGCUAGAGACGGAGAGAUACUAGCUGUGCUCGGGGCAAGUGGCUCAGGUAAAUCGACGCUGAUCGAUGCCUUAGCGAAUCGGAUCGCUAAAGGAAGCUUGAAAGGAAACGUAACUCUAAACGGAGAAGUUCUCAAUUCCAAAAUGCAGAAAGCCAUCUCAGCUUACGUCAUGCAAGACGAUCUUCUCUUCCCCAUGCUUACAGUUGAAGAAACCUUAAUGUUCGCAGCCGAAUUUCGUCUCCCGCGAAGCCUUUCGAAAUCCAAGAAGAGUCUCCGUGUUCAAGCUUUGAUUGAUCAGUUAGGACUCAGAAACGCUGCGAAUACGGUGAUCGGAGAUGAAGGUCACCGUGGGAUCUCUGGAGGAGAGAGGCGGAGGGUAUCAAUCGGAAUUGACAUCAUCCAUGAUCCGAUUCUGCUUUUUCUCGACGAGCCGACCUCUGGUUUGGACUCGACGAGUGCUCUUAGUGUUAUAAAGGUUCUCAAACGAAUCGCUCAGAGUGGAAGCAUGGUGAUCAUGACUCUUCAUCAGCCUAGUUACCGUCUUCUUCGAUUGCUUGACCGUCUUCUUUUCUUGUCCCGUGGCCAAACCGUAUUCAGCGGAUCCCCUGCCAUGCUACCGCGGUUUUUCGCGGAGUUUGGCCACCCGAUUCCUGAACACGAGAACCGCACCGAGUUCGCUUUGGAUUUGAUCCGUGAGCUGGAAGGAUCAGCUGGUGGAACAAGAAGUUUAGUUGAAUUCAACAAAGGCUUUAGACAGAGGAAAGCAGCAGAGCCAAGAACUCAGACCGGCCUUUCCUUAAAAGAAGCCAUCAGCGCAAGCAUCUCCAAAGGGAAGCUCGUCUCCGGAGCGACCACAACGACUCCUGCCUCUGGCUCGAACCCUGUUUCCACCAUUCCUACAUUCGCAAACCCGUUUUGGGUCGAACUCGCGGUUCUAGCCAAACGGUCCAUGACUAAUUCUCGCAGACAGCCUGAACUAUUCGGGAUACGCCUAGGAGCUGUUCUAGUCACAGGAUUCAUCUUAGCCACGAUGUUUUGGCAGCUAGACAACUCCCCCAAAGGAGUCCAAGAACGUCUCGGAUGCUUUGCCUUUGCAAUGUCCACAACAUUCUACACCUGCGCAGAUGCUCUUCCCGUUUUCCUCCAAGAACGUUUCAUUUUCAUGAGAGAAACCGCUUACAACGCUUACCGAAGAUCCUCCUAUGUGCUUUCCCACUCCCUUGUUGCCCUCCCUUCCUUGAUCAUCCUUUCGCUUGCUUUCGCAGCUAUCACGUUCUGGGGAGUGGGCUUAGAUGGAGGUCUCAUGGGUUUCCUCUUCUACUUCCUAGUCAUCUUAGCCUCUUUCUGGGCAGGAAGCUCAUUCGUCACCUUCUUAUCUGGCGUUGUUCCACAUGUGAUGCUCGGUUACACUAUUGUGGUCGCCAUCUUGGCCUAUUUCUUGCUCUUUAGUGGAUUCUUCAUCAACCGAGAUCGUAUCCCUGGCUACUGGAUCUGGUUCCAUUACAUCUCCUUAGUCAAGUACCCUUACGAAGCUGUGCUCCUUAACGAAUUUGGUGACCCUACAAAGUGUUUCGUCAGAGGAGUUCAGAUAUUCGACAACACUCCUCUCGUCGCCGUGCCUCAGGGGAUGAAAGUAAGGCUUCUUGCAACGAUGAGCAAGUCACUUGGGAUGAGGAUCACUAGCUCCACUUGCUUGACCACAGGAUAUGACAUUUUGCAGCAGCAAGGCGUUACUGAUCUCACCAAAUGGAACUGCUUGUGGGUUACGGUCGCUUGGGGCUUCUUCUUUCGAAUCUUGUUCUACUUUUCUCUGCUUUUGGGAAGCAAGAACAAGAGGAGGUGAAAACCAAACUCAGUUUGAUCUCAUGGAGGACUGAUUUGAUACUUUGGUCUUACUUUUGUCUGUAUACUUUGAUCUUUCUUUUUUAUUCUUUGCUGUAUAUUUUUAUUUAUGUGGUUGAUAACUUGUUGAAUUGGACUCAACUACUUGAUAUUUCUUCGAA